AUGAUUUCCCUUUUCGUUUGCUUGUUGUAUUCGCUGCUCUUCGCCAGUUUGGAAUCAAACGAUACCUUCUAUGUGCGCGGCAAAGUCAAAACGACUUUAGAAUCUGUUGAAACUGAAAGUGAUCAUGAUUUUGUGGAAUACUUUCGCCAAGUGCCCGGCUCAGAGUUGUAUGCUUUCCGAGUGGUCAAACUAGCAAAAAGCUUUACGAUGGACAUCACCAUUCGAGCAUUAAAAUCGCAGCGUAUCAUGUAUCAGAUAAACAAAUUGGAAGGCUGCCAGUUUCUCAACAAUCCACUUAUGAGCAAAGCUUUCGGAUAUAUAUACCAAAUGAUUCUCGCCAAUAAGACUCUCUUCAAGUGUCCCAUUCUACCAAAAGUAUAUGUUCUGCAGAACUUGCGAAAGGCUAAAGUUCUGCCGAGCUUUCAUCCUCCUGGUCGCUAUCAACUGCACAUGAAAGUUAAAAUGUCGUCCAGUCCAGCUCCUUUUGUGAUGGAGGUUCUCUGGAAAUAUAAUGUUGUCAUUAUACGCUAA